UGUAAAUAAUUCAUGUAAAUAUGUAUAAAACCCUGGCAAAACCCUGAUAUUGGUAUUUGCCGCAACUAAUAAGAAGAAGACGAUGAAGAAGCUCUGCUGCGCAGCCAUAGCAGCUGACAUACCCAUAGACGUUAUUUGUGGUAUACUCUCGUAUCUCCCCGUCAAGUCGGUACUACGUUUCAAAUGCGUAUCAAAAUCAUGGUACUCUCUAAUCUCCGAUUCCCACUUUAAAAAAUUACAUCGCUUUCAAUCACAGAAAGCUACAUAUGAUCAGGUAUUUGUUCUCCAAAAUCUGGACAACAAUUAUAGUUUCUGCGAGACAUCCUUUUUUGAUGAUAUAAUCUCAGGAAAUUGUACCCAAAUGGAAUUACCCUUCAGACAUAAUCUACUUUUAAGCAAUGCCACGAUACUGUCGUCUUGCGAUGGCCUGUUACUCGUCAGAAAUUCUGAUGGCCAGUUAACUUUAAUGAACCCUUCCACUAAGGAGAGUCGUAAAUUGCCCGAAGGAGUUGUGUAUGGUUCUAAGCGUCCCUGCUAUGACUUGGGCUAUGAUUCAUCAACCAAUGACUACAAGGUACUGCUUCGACAGUCGGUUCAUAUUCCUGAAAUAGACGCGUUCAGAAUAGAGACUACAAUUCUUUCCUUGAAAACAAAUUGUUGGCGGAAAGUUAAAAAUGUUACGCGUCAAGAUAGGAAUGGCGUAAAUUUUAACGAAUCUCUGAAUUGGGUGCACGCGAAGUCUUGGUUAGCCAACGAGAUUAAGAUUGUUUCUUUUUCUUUAGCAAGCGAGACGACCACAGAGAUUGAACAUCCUGCUGAUUGCGAUACUGGUACACAUGCGGAUUUGGGUGUUUUGCAAGGAUGCCUUUGUUUGACAGCGACCUCAAUUUUUACUUGUUCAGUGAACAUCUGGCUAAUGAAAGAAUUUGGAGUGCCAAACUCGUGGACCAAGCUCAUUUCCACACCAAAACUACCUAGAAAUUAUGUGAGUCGUACAAUUCCAUUGCCGCUUAAUUAUACGAACAAAACAGUUUUUCUCAUUGAUAAAUAUAAUGGUGACCUGUUGAUUCUAAAUGAUUUAGAGGCAGAACAACACUAUAGAUUUGUUAACAUUGCCAAUUUCCGAACGUAUAAGUUGCUCACAGAAUUUGCGUUUUCAAGGAGUUUAGUUUCACCAAAUUCAGUUUUUUUUUAAAGCUUUUCAGUUUCAAGACCUUAAGAACAUACUAUUUGCUUUGUGGAUUAGAAUUAUAUAUAUUCUUUCGUAAUUUUUAUUUGAGUUGAUUUUAUAUUUACUGUAAUUGUUUAGUUCAUUUCACUUUUUUUGGGUACAAAGUUCAUGGGGUUUUGGGUCUUAACUAUGAGACGACACCUUUAAACUUUCCAAACUAAUCCCACUCGGUAUCCCUUUUCUUCUUGAAUGUCUCUCUAUCCUUUAAAUAAAAUAUACUUCUCUUAUUCUUAAAAAAAUUAUUAAG